GAUGUUGUCAUCGAUGGUUUCCCGCUUCUUCUGCGCUGUUUUUAUUUUGAUCAAGAAUUCACAAUUUCGUUUUGAUAUUGUAGAAGUUUGUUAUAAUUUUACAAUGAGCGCCACUAAUCAUGGCGAGUACAGAACACCCAAGAAGCAAAAGAAAUCGAGAAAUCCGAAAUCCGCGGAGACCAUAAACAUCUCGGAUGAUGAAUCUGUCGUGGACAUGGACACGGCGCUGAUCGAUCUGGCUGAUGCAGGGGGAUCCGAAGAGGAGCGAUCACAGCCAGGCACUCGACGCUCCGCACGAAAGCCCAGUCCCACCAAAAAGUAUCAGGCAUAUCAGGAAAAGACCAAGGGCCGGCGGCAGGACCACGAGCACGAGCACAUUGUUGUCAACUAUGUGGAGUGUAGCGAGGAGGAGAGCAACGGGGAAGAGGUGGAGGAGGUUGGCGAGGGUGUGGCGGAAAUCGAUGAGAGGCCCAUCAGGCCGGACCUGAACCUCAUCCAGUCAGAGUACAAUGUGGCCGGUGCCAGUCUGUUUGGGUUCAACACGCCCAAGAAGCGGGAUGCCAUGGCUCUGGCGGCACUCAGUGCCACACCCAAGACGCCAAAGACGCCUUGCUUGGGCGUCAAGACGCCCGACACCAAGCGAAAAAAGCCCACAGAGCAGACAAAGACGCCGUCCCAUGUGCGCAGCCGUGUCAAGAAUCAGAUUGCCAAGAUUGUGGCCGACUCCGAUGAGGAUUUCUCUGGAGACGAGAGCGACUAUCGGCCCAGUGGCGAAGAGUCGUCGUCUAGCAGCAGUAGCAGCAGCAGCGACGGCCACUCCUCGGACAACGAUGCCGCCGACGAUGAGCCCAAGACACCCUGCAAGACACGCCGCGCCAUCGUGGUGCCCGUUCUGCCCAAGACUCCUUCAGCGGCUCGCCUCCGCCAGUCGGCGCGGGCCAAAAAAUCGAAUGAGUUUGUGCCAGAGAGCGAAGGCUACUUCCAUUCGCAUGCCAGCAGCAAGAUUCUCACCUCAGACCACACUCUGGAUCGGCUGAAGAAUCCUCGCCUGGCCGCCGAUCGUCUGUUCAGCCUGCUCUCCGAAAUGAAAGUGUCGGCAGAGCACGAGACUGCCAUCAAUGCCAUCAUGGAGGAGUAUCGCUCGUACUUUCCCAAAUGGAUGUGCAUUCUAAACGAGGGAUUCAAUAUUCUGCUCUACGGGCUCGGCUCCAAGCGCCAGCUGCUGCAGUCGUUUCACCACGAGGUACUUGCCCGCCAGACGGUGCUGGUUGUGAACGGCUUCUUUCCCAGUCUCACGAUCAAGGACAUGUUGGACAGCAUCACCAGUGAAAUUCUGGACGCCGGCAUCAGCCCGACAAAUCCACACGAAGCUGUAGACAUGAUAGAGGAGGAGUUCGCCCUGAUACCAGAGACGCAUCUCUUUCUGAUCGUGCACAACCUGGACGGUGCCAUGUUACGGAAUGUGAAGGCUCAGGCCAUAUUGUCACGCCUGGCGCGUGUGCCCAACAUCCAUAUGUUGGCUUCCAUAGACCACAUCAACACACCACUGUUGUGGGACCAGGGGAAGCUGAGCAACUUUAAUUUCUCGUGGUGGGACUGCACCACCAUGUUGCCCUACACGGACGAGACGGCCUUCGAGAACUCCCUGCUGGUGCAGAACUCUGGCGAGCUGGCUCUGUCCUCGAUGCGCAGUGUCUUCUGCUCGCUGACGACCAACUCGCGCGGCAUUUACAUGCUGAUUGUCAAGUACCAGCUGAAGAACAAGGGCAAUGCCCAGUACCAGGGUAUGCCCUUCAAGGAUCUGUACUCAAGUUGUCGCGAGUCCUUCUUGGUUAGCUCGGAUCUGGCAUUGCGCGCACAGCUUACCGAGUUCCUGGACCACAAGUUGGUCAAGUCGAAGCGCAGCGUGGAUGGCUCCGAGCAGCUAAACAUUCCCAUCGAUGGAGCCCUGCUGCAACAGUUCCUCGAUGAGCAGGAGAAGAAGUAGGAAUAGGCCAUCGCAUCAUUUUAGAACAUAUUAAUUUAUUAUCUAAUAUUGU